ACCUGUAUUUUGAAACGAACCGGAUAAGUGGUUUACGCUGAAACAACGACGUCAGGCAGCUCAGACCGUUUCGACUGAAUCCAGAGCGACUGUCCGAGAGAUAACACGACUCCAUCUUGGUGUGUGAAGGUUUCCCAGACAUCGCUGUCCCAUCCUCUGUGUGGGAUGUCUUCUGAGCUGCUGGUAGAUCUGGGUGAAGACGCUGCAACUGCACAGUUAGGACAGCUGAAGCUCUCCACCCUAGAGGACCAGCAAUGGCCACCUGAUGAGUCCUCACUUAGCAAAUCAGAGACGGAGAAUUCCCAGGGCUUCGACCCCGGCUCUCCCCACUUGCCCUGGGACCAUCCGUUCUACGACAUAGCCAGGCAUCAGAUCAUUGAGGUUGCAGGCGACGACAACUUUGGCAGGAAGGUGAUAGUGUUCAGUGCCUGCAGGUUGCCGCCACAGCAUCAGCUCGACCAUCAGAAGCUGCUGAUGUAUCUUAAAGCCACUCUGGAUCAGUACGUAGAGAGCGACUACACACUGAUCUACUUCCAUCAUGGGCUGACCAGUGACAACAAGCCUUCAUUUGGCUGGCUUCGAGAAGCAUACAAGGAGUUCGACCGGAAGUAUAAGAAGAACAUCAAGGCGCUGUACAUCGUCCAUCCCACCAUGUUCAUCAAGACUCUGCUGAUCCUCUUCAAACCGAUCAUCAGUUUUAAGUUCGGCAGGAAGAUUAACUACGUGAGCUACCUGAGUGAGCUGGAGGACGUGGUCAAGUGUGACCAGCUGGUCAUCCCAACCCGUGUCAGAGAGUAUGACAACAAACUGAGAGCAUCUCUGAAGCCCAGCUCGCUGCCCUCCAUGUCUCCUCCUCAUAGCCCCCCACUGCCUGAGCAGGUGUUUGGGGUUUCACUAGUCAUGCUGAGACAGAAGGAUCCAGAUAAUCAUCUAGUUCCUAUAGUGAUGAGAGAUACGAUUAGCUUCCUGUCAGAUCAAGGAUUGGAGAUUGAGGGGAUCUUCAGGCGGUCCGCCAAUGUGACUCUGGUAAAGGAGGUCCAACUCAAGUACAACUCCGGAGCCACAGUGAACUUCAGAGACAUGGAGGACGUUCACCUGGCCGCUGUCAUACUAAAGACGUUUCUUCGAGAGCUUCCUGAGCCUCUGCUGACAUACCAGCUCUACAAUGACAUUGUCAACUUCACAUCUGUAUCCAGUGAUAAUCAGGCAGAAGUAAUGAAAACUUUGGUGGAGUCUCUUCCAGAGGAGAACUACGCCUCACUGCGGUACCUCAUCACAUUCCUGGCUCAGGUGUCAGCCAACAGUGAAGUGAAUAAGAUGACCAACAGCAACCUGGCUGUGGUGUUUGGCCCAAACCUGCUGUGGGGGCGGGACAAUGCCAUGUCGCUCAGUGCUAUUGGGCCAAUCAACAACUUCACCAGAACCCUGCUGGACCAGCAGCAUCUGGUUUUUACCUAAUUCCCUCUCCCCUUCUUCUUUUUGAGGUCUUUCAUGCAGCCUGUGUUGCCAUGGAAACCUCCCUCCUCUGCAGCAUUUAAACAUGAGCACCACCAAUUAGGAAGGAACUCUCAUACCAACACCACAAACUGUGGACCAAUCACAAAUAGUUUCAUCUCUCUGACUCGUCCACUAGCAUUGUCCUGUUGAUUACCCCGCCUGUAGGCUGCAUUCCUAUCCAUGUGAGUCAGGCAUGAAUGAGUUAAACUGCUAAGAUCCUGGUAAACAAUAUGAAACAAAAACCAUGUAUUUAUUUGCUCUCUCUAAGGUAAUGUCCCGUUUCUUGCUCCCCUUUCUUGAUUGGUGCCAAAAAAAAAACUGCCUCAAUCAUGACCAAAUGUCCUGUGGGAGACUUUCUUAGCUGAAGUCAGGAGAGGCCGUCAGAACGGAGGUGGAAGUUUGUGUGUCUGCGAUGGACUCAGGUUUACCUAAAUAAUUGUGAACUUGGUACUGAAAUUGUGUCGACAAUCUUCGGAGUGCUGUGGUCAAAGGAAGCCAUUGAGUGGCUUCGGUGUCAUUUCUUGCAGAUACCAAACUCAGCUACUGGAGUAGAGUCUGGACUAGACCGAAAGAUUUAACUAAUUCUACCUUUGGAUUUCUAGACCUCCUUCCCAGCCUGACAUCAUGUUGUUUGGUGACUGAGUGACCGCUUCAGUCAGCAGUAUUAGGUGGUGGAGAAACUUCCUGUUUCCUAGUGGGAUGCAAAUUCAUUAUCUUAUUCAUGUACUAGAAACGCUUUGUUUCCUUAGCAAUGCACCAUUUAGUCCCACAUUACUGUCAUAUUUCCUUAUACAGUUGGCUUAAGUUAUGUUUCAUUGUUGGUAAUAAUCUCUUGGUUUUUAUAGUCUUUCAGCGCCUCGUUGGUAAACUUCAGGUUGUGAGUAGGAAAGUACAGUUCGCCCUCAUCGCCCCCUAAAGACCAGACAUGAUUGGAUGGUGUCGACCUUUCUUUUUAGACUUUUAUUGCUAAUAGGAGCACAUUUUUUAUAGGUACAUGACAGUAAUUGCUUCUCAUUCCAGCUGCCACAGAGGAUCACCUUCAGUCAUACUGUAAGCAACACUUUCUACACGUUUUUCUUCAUGCAACAUAUUCAGAACGCUAAUUACGUAAUGCUGUACCGAUGUGUGUUGUUAGUGUUUUAUUCCAUGUGUUUUUGUUGCCUUAUAACUUGUUUCAUGCUGUGCCACCAAUGGAGUUCAUCCAAGUUGUACAAUGUUUUUUUGUUGCUGUUUUUUUUUUUUUUUUUACUAAGUGCAUACGGUUUUAAAUCUCCACAUAUGCCUUAGUGAAUUGCCCUCUUCCUGCAAGACAGCAGCUCCUUGCCUGCAGUUGAGCAUUGAGAUCCAGAAUUCCUGCUGGGGUUUUUUUGGCCUACCUUAUUAAAUUCCCACCAAAACACAAUUUUCUUCAUAACUCUGCCAUCUAGUUCCAAGCCUAUAUGGUGUUUCAUUUUGGGUCCAGCAUAGUAGUCUCUCCCUUGGACUUCUGUUCACCAUAUCUGUAACUUCAAUUUAAAUUUUAGUCUUUUGACUAUUUGCAGAUUAGCUUUUAUUAGAGCAAAAUCAAGCACUUCCACUCAUGGUUUAAAUGUUGUGGGAUGUAUCAGGGCUGUUAAAAAACUUAAUAUUUCUUAACACUAAAGCUGUGUGAAACAGAAGCGCCUGCAAUACUUGCCAACAUGUUGCUCCAUUUUUUAAAAUUAUUAUUAGUCAUGACCUGUGAGUUUUCGUUGUUUUACAUCGUGUUGGACUCUGAAGCUUUUAUUAUCCGUUUAUUAUGCAGUUUAUCCAAAGUAUUCAGUGUCAAAGUGAAAUCUUCAUACAUUUUAACCGAGAGUCAUACAGAAUCGAUUGGCUCGGUUUCUGUCAGUCAUAAAUAUGUCACCAAAAUAAUCUGCAACCUUUGAAUAUUUGUGAUGUGAUGUUGCUAUGUUACCUAAGAUGUUUGAAAAACACCAAAAAAUGAGAAAUUUUUGCUCAACUGGAGCAAAAAGAAAAAAAAAAAGCAGUAGCUGUUCCAGCGGUGCCAUGGUGACUGACAUGCUCAUGUUGUGGUGUGUGUGUGUGUGUGGGGGGGGAGGGUGCGUGUGCGUGUGUGACUGUAUGUAGAAGUCAUUAAAUUCAAUGGAUUUGUUAGGUGUGUGUAAUCAGGUGACCACGUUGUAACUCCAGCAUGGUUGAUUUUUAGAUUUGUUCUUAUUUGAUAUGUGAUGUGAAACGUCUCUUUAAGGUACAGUGUUUCUCAAAAGUCCACACACCCUGGUUAAAGUUCCAUUUUUCAUCUGUUUUAUGUCCGUAUUUCCCUUUUGACUGAUUUCUAGACAGAAGUAAAGUCUCACAAAAGGAGGAGAAAUCAUUUUCACCAGGGUGUAUAGACUUUUGAAAACCACAAAAAAUUACUACAAAACAAGAAAGAAAACCAAGUCAAAACAAGUUUGUUUUUUAGAAUUUAUUAAAGGAAAUUCUAUGUGUGUUUGUGUGCUUGUGCCUUAUUUGUGUUUCCAAAGUCAUUUCACUCUUUAGCCAUCUAAGUGCCAGUGUGGCCAUAGAUUAAAAUGACCAGAGUUGCGUUCAGCAGAGCCUAUGGUUUCCAUGGAGAUGUGAGCAGCGAAAAGCUAUGGUCUGAACUCUUGUUUGUUGAACACAGCUUGGCUGUAAAAAAUCAAAAUAAUUUCAGAAUGGAGAACUUCAUUUAUCUACAUACAGAAACUGCAGCUACUGAGAGGGGUAAGCACUACGUGUUGAUGGAAGCUGUGCCAUGUAGAAGUUCAAGGCUAUCAUGUUUGUGUUUCUGUAAUAAGGUUUGAAGAGAAUUUAUUCAUCAGAAAUGUCUGAAAAUAGAUGCUGUUUUUCUUCAGUGGGGAUUUCAUGAAGGUAGCUUUUGUGUGCAUGGAUUCUCUGUACUGUUCUUCCUCCUUGAUUCUGUGAUCAGUUGCAGACCCAAUAAUCUCUGGAUCUUUGUACUGUAAUUGUAUUUGACAGUAAACGUCACAGCUGUGGGAGGAGAUGUAGGUCUGAACUUUGACUUCCAUGCUAACUUGUUAAUAACUCUGUGAUUCUAUUUUCUUAACUGUGGUUUUCCAUCCUUUUACUUUUGAUAUAUAGCACUGUGGAUCUUCGCCCUGUACUUGUAUAAUAUGAUGGUAUAAUAUGUUGUAUGAUCCAUGUAAACAACCAAUAAAUGAAUGGUGAAAAGAAA